UAGUCUUUGUCAUUCCAGGUUGGAUCAGAACUGCCAGAGUUUGCUAAGUAUGUUGGGUGUAAAAACAUGUAUCUUGUACAAUGCGUCGCUAAUGUACUGAUCGAUCUAUUAAAACUGUACGCAGAUAUCAGCCUCAACUAUCUGAAACUCUUAUAUGUACCUCGGCACUAGCUCUCUCGCAUUGAGUACCUCUGAACGAGAUGGCAGGACCCCCUCCGACGUUGACGACGCGCAAUUUGGCCGCCAUCAGCUCGCCCUUCUCGUUAGUAUGUAUAUAUUGCCGUCUGUAUCGACAGUCACGGCAUGAGCAUUGGCGACCAGUGGGGCAAAUUAUUCAUGGGUCAAACGCACGAGGAACGUGGCUUGAGCUCCAGGACUCCCAUGCUUAACGAGAGGGGCGGCAAUUUUAUCGACACCGCGAGCAUUCAAGCGUCCCAGAGGUUCAUCAGCGAGUGGAUAGAGACAAGGGUAAUCCGGAUUCUGUCUUGUUGUCCAGGGCAAGGUCCUGUACGUACCUUAUCAUGUCACCGGAGUCCGUUCAGGCAAAUUCAGCGGCGCAGUGAGUGUUGGGAGCUACAUUGACUGGUUCUGAAUGUAUGCCUGGCAUCAUGCACAAUGCACAUCCAAUUGAUACUGUCCCUCAUACCGAACGCAUACCUCGACGUAAGAUGCGGCAUCUUUCCCUCCAUCGGGAGCACAUAGUCGGCUUGGUCACAAUAACGAAUGCCAGGGCAAUUCUCAUCCGGCGAAGCACAUGAGACUUGCGACGCGUAAAUUCUCAAUAUCAGGAGAAUAUACUUGUCGUGAUGAAUCGGAGCCCUGCAGGCGAUGAUCGCCGCACACUGUCGUCCUUGGAGUAGAUGUGCGGGCAGAGGCUC